GGGGGCGGCUCAUAAUAGGGAUACCCGCGGCCCCCACACGCCGCCACCCCUCUAUGAGCGCCUCUCCCGGCCGUGAGGAAGCUCAUCCCGCCGAAGGGAAGGAGGCUGGUGCCGGGGCGGAGCCGCGGGCAGGAGGCCGAGCUUCGCUGCUAUAAAACCGGGGGCGGUCGCCCUAACCCCGUUCGCCCUGCCCGCUUCCGCGCCCCAGCGUGAGCCGCUUCAGCCCUGCCUGGCCGCUAACAUGGCGCUGUCUGCCGACCCCCAUUUCAAGAAGCUGCUCGAGUGGCACAAGGCGAACGCCUCCAAGCUCGUCCUGCGGCAGCUCUUCGAGGGCGACAAGGAGCGUUUCCAGAAGUUCAGCUUGACUCUGAAUACUGAUCAUGGGGAUAUCUUACUGGAUUAUUCAAAGAACCUUGUUACAGAAGAAGUAAUGAAAAUGCUGGUGGAACUGGCAAAGUCAAGGGGUGUGGAAAGUGCCAGAGAGCGAAUGUUCAGUGGAGAGAAGAUCAACUUCACUGAGAACCGAGCUGUGCUUCAUAUCGCUCUGAGAAAUCGUUCCAAUGUGCCAAUACUUGUGGAUGGGAAAGAUGUUGUUCCAGAAGUAAACAAAGUGUUGGACAAAAUGAAACACUUCUGCCAGAGAGUCCGUGGUGGUGAAUGGAAGGGCUACACUGGAAAGACGAUUACCGAUGUGGUCAAUAUCGGGAUUGGUGGCUCUGACUUGGGGCCUCUGAUGGUAACUGAAGCCUUGAAACCAUAUUCCAAGGGAGGCCCACGUGUUUGGUUUGUGUCUAACAUUGAUGGUACUCAUAUAGCCAAAACCCUGGCUGAGCUUAAACCGGACACUACGCUCUUCAUCAUUGCAUCAAAGACUUUCACCACCCAAGAAACGAUCACCAAUGCAGAAACGGCCAAAGAGUGGUUCCUACAUGCUGCUAAUGAUCCUUCAGCUGUGGCCAAGCACUUUGUUGCCUUGUCUACCAAUGGUCCUAAAGUUAAAGACUUUGGAAUUGACCCUGAGAACAUGUUUGAAUUUUGGGAUUGGGUUGGUGGUCGCUAUUCUCUGUGGUCAGCCAUUGGUCUCUCCAUUGCCCUGCAUAUUGGUUUUGACAACUUUGAGAGUCUGCUUGCUGGAGCCCACUGGAUGGAUAACCACUUCCAUACGGCUCCACUGGAGAAGAAUGUGCCUGUUUUGUUGGCAAUGCUGGGGGUCUGGUAUAUAAACUGCUUUGGAUGUGAAACCCAUGCGCUUCUGCCCUAUGACCAAUACAUGCACCGCUUUGCUGCCUACUUCCAGCAGGGUGACAUGGAGUCUAAUGGCAAGUACAUUACCAAGAAAGGUUCUCGUGUGGACUACAGUACUGGCCCUAUUGUGUGGGGAGAGCCUGGCACCAAUGGGCAGCAUGCUUUUUACCAGCUCAUUCAUCAAGGGACUCGCAUGAUUCCCUGUGACUUUCUGAUCCCAGUCCAGACUCAGCAUCCAGUCAGAAACGGUUUGCAUCACAAGAUUCUUUUGGCCAACUUCCUUGCUCAGACUGAGGCCUUGAUGAAAGGAAAGACUGCUGAUGAAGCUCGUAAGGAACUGCAAGCAGCAGGACUGAGUGGGGAUGCUCUGGAGAAGCUUCUUCCCCACAAGGUCUUUGAAGGCAAUCGCCCAACCAACUCCAUCAUGUUUACAAAACUCAACCCAUUCACUUUGGGAGCAAUCAUUGCCAUGUAUGAACACAAGAUAUUUGUUCAGGGAGUUGUCUGGGAUAUUAACAGCUAUGACCAGUGGGGAGUUGAGCUUGGAAAACAACUUGCCAAGAAAAUUGAGCCUGAACUGGAGUCAGAUGCUCCAGUGACAUCUCAUGAUAGCUCAACAAAUGGGCUCAUCAAUUUCAUCAAAAAACAUAGAGCCUGAAGUGAAAGAUUCUGAGGACAUCGACAAUCUAAUGACCGAAUACUCAAGUCUGUUGUAGUUGUGCUUUUUUAGCCACUCUUAACAAAAAUAGCACUUUACCGAUGUAGCUUCUUCACUUGUUGCAGUUAAUCUUGUUGCGUCAAGUGUUACCAAUGAAAACUAGUUGUGAAACCCAGAGAUUGUAUAGUUGCUUUCUAUUUUUGUGGUUGUUGAUCUGUAAAGUGCAGCUGGUAUGUUCCUCACUUCUUAUCCGUCAACUUCCUUAAAGAUGAUCACAUGAUAUUAGGAAAUAAAAGAUAUGAUGGAUGAGUAAAA